AGUGAAACAUAUUUACAACUUUUAUGACAUGUAGCUAGCCAGUAUUAGGAAAGUUGUAAGAAUUUACGAGUUGUCGCAUAUUCCAUUAUUAGACUGUGACUAAUUGAAUGCAUGUAAUAAGGCAGUACCCACGUGGUAUCACAUGAGCUGGAGACUGCAGAUUCUUUUGUUCAAAAUCAAUCAAAAAACGAGGAAGACGGACAGACACGAGCUGCGGAAUCAGGAAACCCUUCUGCAAGUUUGCUUAAUUCAUAGUCAGCGAAGAAAGGGAAGAUUACCAGACAGAAACCAAAAGAUACUGUAUCUCUACAAACAUGCCACGCAAGAAGGUAACAGAAGUGUCUGGGAAUGGUGGGAUCAAAAGGAAAAGGGCAGGAAGUAAAAAGAAGGAAAGAGAGUUCAGCAGUGACGAUGAGUUUGAUGAUUAUGAAGAACAGGAGAACACAAAGAAACCUGGUAAGCCUGCUGCUAAGUCAGGCCUUCAACCAGUCACUGUAUCUGACGACAUCAAGGAAAAAAUAAAACUUGAAUUACCUAAAGUCAAAGGCCAACUGCUCAUAUUUGGAGCCACCAACUGGGAUCUCAUCGGAAGGAAAGAGGUGCCCAAAGCACAAGCGGCAUUCAGGAACCUCGGCCAGAACCUUUGGGGUCCUCACCGCUACGGCAGCCUGAAUGACGUCCAGGUCAGCUGCGUGGUGUCUGGUCCCUGUGCUGCCCACAGCCUCCUGAUCACCACCGAGGGCAAGCUCUGGAGCUGGGGUCGAAAUGAAAAGGGUCAGCUUGGUCAUGGGGACACCAAGCGCCUGGAGGCUCCUAAACUGAUUGAGACCCUCGCUGACGAAGUGGUGGUUGCUGCAGCCUGCGGACGCAACCACACCCUGGCAUUGACAGAAAGUGGCACCGCCUACUCGUUUGGAGAGAACAAACUGGGCCAGCUUGGCCAGGGAAACCAAACGGAUGCAGUCCUCAGUCCCGCCCCGAUCCAGUACAACGGGCAGCCCUUGGUUAAGGUUGCAUGUGGGGCAGAGUUCAGCAUGGUGGUGGACUGCAAAGGGAACCUCUACUCGUUUGGCUGCCCAGAGUACGGCCAGCUAGGACACAACUCUGAUGGGAAGUUCAUUGCCCGCGCCCAGCGCAUUGAGUUUGACUGUGAAACCAUUGCACGUCGUGUAGCCAUUUUCAUUGAAAAGAGUAAGGACGGCCAGAUGACACCUGUACCCAACGUGGUGGUCCGAGACGUUGCCUGCGGAGGCAAUCACACGUUGAUACUGGACUCCCAGAAGCGUGUGUUUUCCUGGGGCUUCGGAGGCUACGGACGGCUGGGUCACACGGAGCAGAAGGACGAGAUGGUGCCAAGGCUGGUGAAGCUCUUUGACUUUCCUGGACGCGGGGCAUCCCAAAUCUACUCAGGCUAUCAGUGCUCCUUCGCUGUUAAUGAGAUGGGAGCGCUGUUUUUCUGGGGGGUCACAAACACCUCGCGGGAGUCUACCAUGUACCCCAAGGCUGUGCAGGACCUAUGCGGCUGGAAGAUCCGCAGUCUGGCGUGCGGGAAAAGCAGUAUCGUUAUUGCUGCAGACGACAGCACAAUCAGCUGGGGACCCUCCCCCACUUUUGGCGAAUUGGGGUACGGUGACAACAAGGCCAAGUCCUCAACUACUGCUCAGGAGGUUAAGACUCUGGACGGAGUUUAUGCUGAACAGGUGGUGAUGGGAUAUGCACACUCACUGGUUAUUGCCAGGCAGGAUACUCCACAGGAAAAAGAGAAACUCAAAAAGCUGCCUGAGUACAACCCACGCACGCUCUGAGAGCACCGUCCUGCCACCUCUCACUUUUGUUUUUUGGGGGCAGGGGAGAGGGGGUUCACUUCAGAGGCAAUUUAUUCUCCAGAAUUGUCCUGCCCUCAAGGUCGUCUGUGUAAGUCAUGAUUGGGUAGGGAGGGCUCACAUGAGUGUGUAGGCAUACGUCUUGAAAAACGCCCAGGCUAGGCGUACCUAGGUUCUGAUUUUAAAUCUGACUGAAACAUAUCCACUUUGAACAUUUUGUCCUGCUCUCACAACACUUAUCUCGACGUGCUGGUGAGGGAGGAACUCAACCACUUGUCUCUCCAAGCAUGAUAUUCCUCUGAGACCUACUCCUACUCAUUCCCCAUGCAAGUCCACUGAAGCAUUCACUCUGUUUUCAUCAAGUCUUCAUCAGUGUCGUCCUCCUCUGUAAAAUAACGGGUGCUAUUUCAGAAGUCCUCUUUGGCCUGAUUCAUUCUUAACGGAGGGAUCACUUUAAGACCAAACGCUCCAUGUCUGUGCCUUUUGAAACUUUUGGGAUAUGGAGUAAAUUAAGCUUGUUUUUUGUUGUUUUUUUUUUGUUCCCAAAGACAAAUUGCUAAAUUUAGUUUAAACUUUGAAGUCCAUGGCAGUAUUGCUGUUAGUGUCUGUGUGACCACUGUGCACUGUCAGUAGAACACAAUCAGGAUCUGAGACAUUGUGCCACCCCCAGGUUCAUGCUCUCUGGCCAUUGACUUCUGUUACAUUCCUUGGUUUCCUGUCUCGUCACCUGUGAUUCUGUGUUGGCAUUGGAGAUGUGUAACGUCCUCAGUGGCCAGUUUCUGCUUUUCAUUCUUGCCUUUUUUUUUCAGUGACUCUUCAGCCUGGGAAACCAGGUUUGGGCACUGUGCACUCUUGGCAAUGAAAACCAGCAGGAAUCAAGUUUGCAAAACUUUGGUUGUUCACCUGUUUUAAUGAAUGGUCAACAGGGUAUACACUCAGUGAAUAUCCAGAUUUUUAAAUCAAGACAGGUUGUUUUUUCUAAAUCUUUUAGUCUGUAUAUUGCAACAAAUUGUUUUGGUGGUGUUUGGUUGGGCUGAAAGGCCCAAAUCUUGUUUAAGUUCUGACUUUAUUUUAAUUUUUCAUGGAAAUGGCAAUAAAGGUUUAUGUAAAUUGGUU